GCCCCAAGCCUGCACGCUGGGGUUUUAAAAUGCGGGAACAGAGUUCAGAAGCUCUGCUCUCUGAUUCUCUCUCGCCACCGAGGUAUCGAUUACGGCAGCUGUUGAGAUCUCCAAGGAUUCAUUCAGCUAUUUAUCACUGGAAUUCUAGGGUUUAGAACCGCAAGAGCCGCGCCUAAAUAUAGCAACAGAGGGAGAUAGGGCAAAGCGGAUUCAUCGGAUAACACGAGGACUACAAGGAGGAGGAGAACUGGAGACUGCUUUGUUGAGGUGUUGCAGACGAAGAAGAGAGAAUGGAGCCGAAGCGUAUGCUGAUGUCGGCGUUGGGCGUAGGACUUGGCGUUGGGGUGGGGUUGGGUCUUGCAGGUAGCCAGACGUUGGGGAAAUGGGCGGCCCCCGUGCAGGCAGCUGGCGUGACGGCGGACAUGAUCGGGGAGGAGCUGAUGAGCCUCGUGACGGACGGAAAGGAGAGUAAAGUUACCUUCAAUGAGUUCCCUUAUUACCUCAGUGAGCAAACACGAGUGGUGCUGACGAGUGCAGCCUUUGUUCACUUGAAGCAAGCUGAGUUCUCUAAGUUCACACGAAAUCUUUCUCCCGCAAGUCGAGCCAUUUUACUCUCAGGGCCCACAGAACUUUAUCAGCAGAUGCUUGCGAAAGCUUUAGCUCACUACUUUGAGUCCAACUUGUUACUGUUAGAUGUAUCAGAUUUUGCACUUAAGGUCCAAAGCAAAUAUGGAUUUGCGAACAAAAAUUCUGCUUUUAGAAGGUCCAUUUCUGAGUCAACGCUUGAACGUUUAACCAGCAUAAUUGGAUCAUUUUCUAUUCUUCCUCAGGAAGAACCAAAAGGUUCUUUUUCAGGAUCUUUGCAUAGACAAACCGGCGGAUUAGAUUUAAGAUCAAGGGGCCUAGAAAGCUGCGGGAGUAUUUCAAAACUUCGUAGAAAUGCAUCUGCCUCGGCUGAUAUUGGUAGCCUUUCAUCAGAGUCCACUUGUAUGAAUCAAGCUCUUCCUGUCCCACCCAAGCGCACCGGAAACUGGACUUUUGAUGAAAAGCUGCUUAUACAAGCACUUCACAAGGUUCUUGUUUCAGUUUCAAAAGAUAAUCCUAUCGUCCUGUACAUAAGGGAUGUUGAGGGUCUAGUUUUCAGAUCCCAAAGGAUACAUUCUAUGUUCCAAAAAAUGUUGAAAAUGUUAACUGGACCGGUGUUGAUACUUGGUUCAAGGAUCGUUGAAUCGGAUACUAAUUAUGGAGAGGUGGAUGAGAGGCUCGGUAUUUUGUUUCCGUAUAACAUAGAGAUUAAGCCUCCACAAGAUGAAAGUCAUCUUGUAAGUUGGAAAUCACAAUUGGAAGAAGACAUGAAAAUGAUGCAGUCUCAGGAUAACAAAAACCACAUUUUGGAGGUGCUUGCAUCCAAUGAUUUGGACUGUAAUGACUUGGGUUCAAUAUGCUUAACAGAUGCAAUGGUUAUAGGCAAUUAUAUUGAAGAAAUUGUAGUUUCCGCUGUCUCUUAUCAUUUGAUGCAUAACAAAGAUCUUGAGUACAGAAAUGGAAAACUUGUCAUUUCUUCAAAGAGUUUGUCCCAUGUACUAAGUAUAUUCCAAGAGAAUAAGCUUGGCGAUAAAGAUUCUCUAAAAUUGGAGACAAAUACUGAUGCAACAAAGGAGGAUAAUUCAGAAAGUGAGAACACAAAAAAACCUGAGACGAAAUUUGAAGGCACUUCUGAAAACAAAAGUGAAUCAGAGAAGUCAGGUGUAGCUGCUAAAAAUGAUGGGGGUUUAUUGCCAAAAGCAAUUGAAUUUCCUCCAGACAAUGAAUUUGAGAAGCGCAUCAGAUCUGAAGUGAUCCCAGCAAGUGAAAUUGAAGUAACAUUUGAUGAUAUAGGUGCUUUGGAUGAUAUAAAAGAGUCCCUUCAUGAGCUCGUCAUGCUUCCGCUUCGGAGGCCAGACCUCUUUAAAGGAGGUCUCCUUAAGCCUUGUAGAGGAAUACUACUUUUCGGACCUCCUGGAACUGGGAAGACUAUGCUGGCAAAGGCCAUUGCAAAUGAAGCUGGAGCAAGUUUCAUAAAUGUUUCAAUGUCUACCCUCACAUCAAAAUGGUUUGGUGAAGAUGAGAAAAAUGUGAGGGCAUUGUUCACACUCGCUGCGAAAGUUUCACCCACUAUUAUUUUUGUGGAUGAGGUUGAUAGCAUGCUUGGGCAAAGAUCAAGGGCUGGUGAGCAUGAGGCAAUGCGGAAGAUUAAGAAUGAGUUCAUGGCUCAUUGGGAUGGGCUCCUGACAGAAGCCGGGGAAAGAAUCCUUGUUCUUGGAGCAACAAACAGACCAUUUGACCUUGAUGAAGCAAUAGUUAGGAGGUUUGAACGCAGGAUAAUGGUAGGCCUGCCAUCUGUUGAGAGCAGAGAACUGAUUUUGAAAUCACUUCUGUCAAAAGAAAAGGUUGAAGAUGGACUCGAAUAUAAGGAACUUGCAGUAAUGACAGAGGGAUAUAGUGGUAGUGAUCUUAAGAAUCUGUGCAUGACAGCAGCAUAUCGUCCUCUUCGGGAGCUAAUUAAGCAAGAAAGGCAGAGGGAAUUGGAAAGAAAGCAGCAGGCUGAGGGAACAGAUACGCCGUCAGAGGCUUCCGAAAAAGAGGAAAAUCAUGGCGCAUCACCAAUCGUCCUGAGGCCCUUAAACAUGGAAGAUAUGAGGCAAGCAAAGAAUCAAGUUGCUCCAAGUUUUUCUGCUGAAGGACCAAUAAUGAGUGAGCUGAGGCAGUGGAAUGAUUUAUAUGGGGAGGGAGGCUCCAGGAAAAAGAAACAACUCACUUAUUUCCUCUAAAACCGUGCACAUAAAUACGUCGAAGCCACAUACAUGUAAAAUUAAGUCGCGGCUGAUGAAAAAUAAGAGAAAAGCUUUGUACAUGACCAGUUGAUGACUGGUAAAUGAAGCAUGGAGCCACCUCCAGAUUAUUUGGACUGCAUAUAGAAGCUAGGGAAUAGAAGAGUAGGAUUGUUCAGUGCUGUAGGAGAGAGCAAUUUAGGCAUUUCUCUAGCUGGGCUUUAUAUAAUAUAUGUCAUUUUAUGUUGUUUGAUUGUGUUUGGGGCUGGUGCUUUCAAUGUAAAGCUAAGAGGGCGCUGUAAGAUUAUUUGGUUAUGGAUAUGAUUUGUUUUAGCAUAUGUGUGCUUUGUGAGUAUAUAAUUUUAAGAUUUAGACCUUAAAUCUUAAUUCAGAUUGAUCGUUAUUAGUUUGGUUAUGUUUGUACUGUCACUACAUUGUGCCAUGUGAAUAUAAAUAUUGGCAAGCCAUUCUGUUA